AGCGACAGAGUGAGACUCCAUCUCGAAAGUUGCAAAAAUAAAAUCAAUACAAAGAACACUCGUAUGCCCGGUAUGCAGAUUUUCCUAUUAACCUUGGACCCCAUUUGCUUGAUUAGUUCCCUUCCUCCUAUUCCCUGCCCCAUGUAUAUGUGUGUAUACUUAAUUUUUUCUCUGAACUAUUUGAAGGUAAGUCAUAAGCACUAUGACCUUUUACACCUAAAUACUUCUAUGUGUAUUUCUUAAGAAUAAGGACCAAAUAUUAUUUUCAGUGGUUGGUGCUCUUUUUAGCAAGUGACUAAAACACAAAUGAGUGGCUUACUCAAUACUGUUUUGCUCAUUGUUUAAGUCAGUUUGAUGGGGAGACUCUGGGACUCCAGAGAAGCAAGGUUGCCUCUUCGUUUUGCUUGUCCCAUAACAACCUCGUGCACUGGCGAGUUGAAGGUGCCCCUUUCUAGAUUAUCACAACAUGUCAACUAGUUACAGAAAAGGGCUGCAGAUCUAAAUGGCAGGUAUGUUUAUGCUGCAUGGGUGCUCUGGCCCGCUCUGGAAAUAGUGAUGGGCUUCUUUUGCAGUGGUGUGGAGCAUGCAUGAGUGGAGUGUGAGUUAGCUUCUGCACAUGAGAGCCCAGAGUUGUCUUCCUGUGUGUAUAUAUUCACAGUAGUGGAAGAGUCAGAGGACGAUGGGGAGAGCAUGAUUCCCCUCGUGUUCCUCCCCCAUGGCCUGGUUUGGAGCAUUAGGAUGUGUUGGAAAGUAAAUUGAAGCCUCAAACUUUGGCAAUUUGGGGGGCAUCUGCAAUUUUGUUUGAGCCAUUAUGGCGUAGAGAAAGCUUGAGAGUGUGGGCAUCGGCUUAUGUGACUUCUAAUCCCCCAUCUGCCAUGAGCUACCUGUGUGAUAUUGUUCAAACCUCUCUGCCACUUGGUUAUCCCAUAUUAUUACUUUAGACUAAAUUGGAGUGGAUGCACGUCUGCCUGGCUAAAGCCCAGUGAUUUACAUGUGGACAGUAGCAUCCCUGUGAGUGAUCACACGGGACCCUCAGGACUUGGAAGUGCAUUCUGUCUUAACCCAUCACAUUUCUCCCACUGCCAACUUCAGACUUUCCCACUGGAACCUCAGAUCUAAUGUAAAGGGGGCUCAAAAUACUGGCGGGAAAUACGGGAGGCGGAAUCUCUCAGUGCCUGUGUAGAGUUUUAAAACAUGACCCUGUUUUGAUUUAGUCACUGAUAAGCUUGCGGGAGCCUCGUGGUUCAGGGUGCACACCACUUCUCAUAGCAGGACCCUUGUCUUGUGUGCUGUGUCCUCCCGAGGUAUGCUGCUGCUGGUGGCCCAGGCAGGAGGUGACACUCUCAAAGCGAUUGGUCACUACGUAAAAUGUGUCUUUCUCUUGUUUGUUUCCCACCUGCUUUCCGAGCUCCUUUCUCGGACAGUCGACCACGGCAUGUUUGAGAAUUUGAACACAGCCCUCACUCCAAAGCUCCAGGCCAGCCGCUCCUUCCCCCACUUGUCCAAGCCCGUGGCCCCCAGCUCUGCCUCUCUGGGCUCUGCUGAGCCUGGGGGGGCGGGACUCUGGGUGGGCAGCAGCCAGCACCUCAAGAACCUGGGCAAAGCCAUGGGGGCCAAAGUGAAUGACUUCCUGCGGAGAAAAGAGCCCUCCAGCAGGCCAGUAUUUUAUGUUGCUCUGAACACUGAGUCAGUCCUGCAAGAAGCAUUUCCUCGACUGGAUCCUCCACCUCCCAUAACCAGAAAACGAACCCCUCGGGCCCUGAAGACCACCCAGGACAUGCUGAUUUCAUCACAGCCUGUCCUCAGCAGUCUGGAGUACGGGACAGAGCCAUCACCUGGGCAGGCCCAGGACUCCGCUCCCACUGCCCUGCCUGACGUCCCAGCAGACGCUCCACAGUCAGAGGCCGCCAUGGAAAGAGAAGAGAGAGGCGAAGUUCUGCCCAAUGGAGAGGUUUCCCUGUCGGUACCUGAUCUCAUCCACAAGGAUAGCCAGGAUGAAUCCAAGCUAAAGAUGCCUGAGUGCAGAAGGGCCUCCUCCCCCAGCCUCAUCGAGAGGAAUGGCCUCAAACUCAGCUUGAGCCCCAUCAGCCUGGCUGAGUCCUGGGAGGAGGGCAGCCCCCCUCCUCAGGCGCGGACCUCCAGCCUCGACAAUGAAGGCCCUCACCCAGACCUGCUGUCCUUUGAAUAGAGCCUCCGCUCUUUCCUGCCGAGCACCACCCUGGUCUUCCUGUUGUUUUCUCCUCCACUGUGCACAUGGGCCCUAGCCCCAGCUCCGCUGUGCCCUUCAUCUUCCUUGUAUGAGGCACCAGCAGACAGCCAAUCCUCCACCAUGGGAUUUUGCAGGGCUGGAAGUCCUUGAGUAGUGCUAGUUAAAGAGUCUGUCUGCAGAACGGCUAAAGGACUCGAUGUCAUCUUGAGCCUAGUUUUCUGCAACCUCCUCUGGAUGGGCUGCGGCCAUUGGACAUUGGAGCUCCUCCCCUCUUGAGUUUGUCCUGGCUUCUCAGUUAAUUUCAGGGCCACCAGCCCAGGACGAUGAAUCUUGCAGGAAUUCUCUUUGCCUGUCCCCCACAUGCACCUCCUCCCCUGCUAUUCUCCCUCCCACACCCGGUCCCUUCUCUCUCCUCCUUGGCAGGUCCAAGGCCUCUGGCCUCAGUGGGAGCAAGGCUGAGUGAGGAAUGAUGGGUUUGGCUUGAUGAUGGGCCCUGACCUAGAAAGCCACACACCCAGACCACAGCCCAGCCAUGGCUCCUCUUGGUCCCAAGACAGCACAGGCCCCUGGUCGCUGUGUUUGCUCUGCCCCUGGGAUGGAGGCCAGAAGAGAUGCUUACCAGGCCUGAGACUGAGAGUUCACCCAAGGCGUGAACCCUGCCACCAAGGGUUCCCAAGGUUUCCCCCCAUCUGGUCAGAUGUUGAAUACAAAAUGUGGGCAUUCUUCACGGAAGGAAAGAUCAGGCUUCCCUUGCUGUGUGUGUGAGACAGGGAGAGCCAGGCCCCAGCAGAUGCAGCUGAGCACACCCUGAUUUUGUUUUGUUGGGAGGGCUCAGGAACUUGGGGGUGGUUUUGGUAUUCAGGGCUGGUGCUAAAAGCCCAGAGCAGAAGCAGGGAGAAGGGAGUGGACACGGGACAGAGAAGGGCGAUCACUGGGGAUCAGAACAGCUUUUCAGGGGCCACCUUGCAACCUCAAAUGAUGCCGUUUCAGGGCCUGGGCCUGCUGUGAGAGCCAGAGUGAAGCACAUGCAAGAUUGGCAUGUGAGAAGAACCAGGGGCGGGGGGUGGGGCGGGGACCACUUUCAAUUAAGUGGAAGUGCUUUGUGCUUGUGCUGAAGUUGUCUGGGCCGCCUGCAGCCCUGGACCUCACAGGAGCAGCCCCAGCCUGCCCUUCCCUGCCUGCCCUUCCCUGCCUUUCUUUUAUGCUGAUGCUAGUGGGCUUUUUCCUGCUUUCAGGAUCUGUGUAAGGGACUGACUAGGUUCAUCCAACCUUAACUGGUUCCUGCCCUCCUGGAUUAACCCACUUUUGUAUUCCUGUCUCCCACCAGGGGUCCUAUUGUGCUGUCUUCCUGUGGCCAGCAGACCCUGUAAGGGGGUGAUCCCAAUCCCAGGGGUCUUUGCGUCCCUUUUCUUGAACAAGGUGGCUGGUUCCCUGGGAGAAGGCUGGGAAUGGCACAUCCAGCCAGGGCAGGCGGUAUGGCAUCCUCUUCCUGGGAUUCCUGUGGCCUCCCCUGUUCCAUUCAUUGUUUGGUUUCCCACCCAUAAGCUCUGGGACACCCAGGGCUUGCUUCCAAGCUCUUCUCACCUCCAAGCUUCCACUCCCCUUCCCACUACCACUGCCAUAUAAAAUGCCCACGCUAACUCCUAUAGAACUAGGAGCCUCAGCAGGAUCGCUAGGAUGUGGGUGUCUUCCUGCAUUCUUGCUUCUGCAUCUGUGUGGCCUUGCCACAGCCCUCCCACCGCUUGCCUUCCAUUGCCUUCCUUCUCCCAGAAAGCUAGAUUUCACCACAUGCUCACCACAAGCUGUCUCUGGUCCCUCGUGAGGGUCCCUGCAGCGGGGCACCUGCAGGCCCUGGUGGAGUAAGCAGGGCUUAUGUAUACAUUCUUUCUCCAAGGAUGCAAUAUCUGACCCUGAAGUCAGAGAAGGUCUCAGGACUAGCGUUCGGGGUCCUGUGAUUUUCCCAGAAUGGUUUGGGGUAUAACACAAAACACCACAGCUGAGGAUGGGGAUGGAGUCCCUAAACACAUCCUGGAAGCAAGCCACUUCAUCUGAGCUUCCCAUACCAGGAGCGUGGUUUGUGUUUUGAUGGGAAACUUAGCAAGCCCCUGCUCUCUGGGGCUUCUCCUCUUCUAGAGCCGAGGGUGGCUCUGGCCCAGUGAUAUGGCAGCCAUGGGUUCAGGGAUUGCAGGUGCAGCCUUUCUUAAGUACCCCGUCUCCACUGUAAAGCCCAGCUGCUGCUGAAGUCCAGACUCUUAGACCCAGGAUGAACAAAAGGAUCCCACCAGGAUGUCCAGGACCAUUGCCAGGGUGACCUCAGUGUUCUUCAGACUUAUGUCUGAUACUGAAUACAGCACCACGGGACCCUGCUGCAAUCUAACUGCCUACAGCCCACCCAUCCGCCUGCUGCAGAAGUGUUGCUGCUACCUUGGGAGGCUCUCUGAGACUGGGUUUCUGGUCUUCGAUGCUGCAGAUACUACCUGGUGCUAGGGGCUAGGGGCUCCCCAAAGCUCAGCAGGAUGAGCAGCUACCACUCAUUCUGCAGAGGGCUUGGCUCAGACCAGGUCGUCCAUCCAAAGCCUCACCUGGUUUCCGCAUCUAUCUCAACAGUCUGGCCUUCCUGUGACUGAAGCCUGGCGGCCACGCAGCCACUAAUCCCACACAGUGAGUCCAGCUUCUCUGGGAGCUUGGCCUUCAGUUAGCCCAGUCCAUGAGAGGGCAGAGUAAUGAGGAGGAGUAAAGGACCUGUCUUCUAUGUUCACAUAAGGAAGUUGGGACCACAGGGUCUUUUAUCUCCUUGUUACUCCUCAGCCCCAUCAUAACCCCACCUCAGCACACAGCUUUAUCCUGGUAGAUUAUAAGGUGAGCUUCCAGAACCUGGCAGGAGGCUGGUGUAUCCCCCUGCAUUGAAGGAGGUGUAUCUGAAUGCUGUGUAUGUGGCUGAUAUGGAAGACACACAUGUCUGCAAUCCACAGCUUUUAAAGAAGAUUGGCUCCAGUUUGGAGGAGGAAGAUUACAGAUCUAUUCUGAGUAUUUUUUAGAGAGUUAAUAUUUAUAUUUUUAGAAUUUUCUGGUAGAAGGAAAUUGCACAAUAAAAUGACUUGGUUUCGU